CAAAACCCUAAAUUCGCUUCCCUGGAAAUUUCUGUAUUUUCUCCAAAAAUCUGCAUUUUUUUCCUUGUAAUUCUUGCUAGUUUAUAAUUUUUUUUUUCUUUUUUUUACAGAGAUUAAGUUGCAAGAACUGAAGCUCUGUAUGUUCUGUAUAAUGGUGCAGAUUUAACCAGAGAAUUUUGCUUCGUAGAAGGAGCUUCAUAACUGUAGCUCUUGAUCCUUGAAGAUUCCAGCGAAGUUGUAGGGUUUUUGCAGUUCUUUGAAUUUAUAGCUGUUUAAUUUCCAUUUUUUAUGCUACUUGUCUUCUAUUUUUUGUAUUUUGAGCUAAUUUUCUUCAAAACAUUUCAUUUGUUUUUUUGUAAGCUUCUGUUGUAGACUUACUGUUUGAGUUUUUCUGGGAACUUGAGUUUUCAAAGCUUGAAACUUCAAUUUGUUACAGGUUUUUGGGGUUUUAGUCUAGUUUAGUUUUCUGGGUUUUUUUUUUUCUUUCCCUUUUUCUCUUCUUUUGACUUCCUUUGAAAAUCUCUGAUCUAUGAAUGGAGGACAAAGAGGGAAUUAGCCCUAGUGGGGUCACAGUGAAGGGAAAUGAAGCUCCUGAUAGCUACCAUGUGGCCCCAAGAACUGAAAACCCUAGUUCUAGCCCGUUUCCCGGUCCCACAAUGGCGGCCACCGCUGCUCCUCCUGUUAGCGUAGCAAUGGCGGUGACCGGCACGGGCUCAAAGAUGAGAGAAACGAGGGAGACCCAGGAGUACGGUCCAGAUGGGACUGUCUCCACCGCGUUGUCACCGAUGCCUAUCUCAUCGUCGAUUCCGCUUAGCGGAGAGUUUUCUGCUGGGAAACGAGGUAGAGGGCGGCCGGUUGAUUCAGUCAAGAAGUCACACAAAUUUGAAUUUGAGACUUCAGGUGACCGAAUUGCGUAUUUUGUCGGUGCAAACUUUACACCCCAUGUAAUCACUGUUAAUGCUGGUGAGGAUGUAACAAUGAAAAUUAUGUCGUUUUCUCAACAAGGAUCUCGUGCCAUAUGCAUUCUCUCUGCAAAUGGUACAAUUUCAAAUGUUACACUACGUCAGCCUACUUCUUCUGGGGGUACUCUAACAUAUGAGGGUCGGUUUGAGAUUCUGUCCUUAUCUGGGUCAUUCAUGCCUACUGAGAAUGGAGGUACAAAGAGCAGAUCUGGUGGAAUGAGUGUCUCUUUAGCGGGCCCAGAUGGUCGUGUUCUUGGGGGAGGACUUGCUGGUCUAUUAGUUGCUGCUGGCCCCGUGCAGGUUGUUGUGGGCAGUUUCUUACCCGGUCACCAACAGGAGCAGAAGCACAAGAAGCAAAAAACUGAGCCUGCACCAGUUAUUACCCCAGCCAACAUAAAUGCCAUCCCCACAGAAGAAAUGAAAGUGACCUACAGUCAAAUAAAGCCAAUUCUCACACAUUCCUCAUCAUUCCACGGGGACAAUUCAGCUUCUCUGAACCCCAUCCAGGGUUUUCGAAACUCCAUUGUUGACAAUAAUAAAGAAUCUUCGACUGGAGAGGAAUCUAAAGGCACCAGCCAUUCAAACUGUGAUGUCUCCAGUUGAUCAUGCCUGUGUACGCAGAUCUUAUCUUCAUUGUUUUUCUGCAGAUACCACUGUGUAGUUCCGAAACCAUAUAAAGAAGAGAAGAAAAAAAAAAAGAAAAAAGAAAACUCGAACCGGCUGUUUACGAAGGAGAAACUAGGUGUUGACUUAGUGUUUGUUUUAACUGAGAAUUUACUGUGGUUAGGUUUAGGCAGAACUCUUGAUUAAUAGGAUGAUUGUGUCUGGCUGGCUGUUGUCAUGUAUUUUCUAAUGUUGUGGUGUUUAGUGUAGCAUUUUAGUUGGACUUGGAACCCAGUGUGCCAUUAUUCAUCUGAUUAAGCUCUUCUGUAUCUUCUGAGCCGAGUGAUUAAAUUAAGUUGAUGUUGCUUUCACCAA